GCAGUGCAGAGGAACGUUUGUAAUGGCUGCCAGAUGGUAUAAGUGAGACUUGAUAUAUCUUAUCGUCUUUUGGAAAACCCUUGGAUAUAAUAGACUAUUAACACUGAACAAACAGUGUUAAAAUGGUGUAUGUCUGUACGGAGACAUACAAGAAGAUUGUGCUGGACAGUGACAAAGUAAACUGAUAUCAUCUAGUGGCAAUGGCAGUGUGGGAGCGUGUGGAGGCUGUGCUGAAUGUGGGCCUCCGGGUGCCCAGCAUCAUGUUGCUGGAGGUGCUGUACCGCUGGGAUGUUAGCUCCUUUUUCCAGAAGAUUCAGAGGAGCAGUCUGAAUAACAACCCCCUCUUUCAGUAUAAGUACCUGGCUCUGUACCUAAACUAUUUGGGCUACAUUCUCAGCUUGGUCUUGCUGACUUUGCCACGCCAGCAUUUGGUGCGCCUCUAUCUGUGUGUGCUCACUGCUCUGCUCCUAUUUGCUGGGCACCAGCUCUCUAGGGAUUAUGUUCGUAGUGAACUGGACUCUGGCUAUGAAGGACCACUGUACCUGGACCCACUCUCCAUGAACCGAUUCACUACAGCUCUAAUUGGUCAGCUAGUGGUAUGCACACUGUGCUCUUGCGUGAUGCAGACUAAACAGAUCUGGUUGUUCUCUGCUCACCUGCUUCCCCUGGUGGCCCGUCUGUGCCUUGUUCCUUUGGAAACUAUUGUUUUUAUUAACCGUUUUGCCAUGAUCUUCACUGGGCUUGAGGUGCUCUACUUCCUUGCAUCUAACCUACUGGUGCCCUACAACCUGGCAAAGAAUGCCUACAGGGAACUUACACAGGUGGUGGAGGUGUAUGGGCUACUGGCUCUGGGCAUGUCUUUAUGGAAUCAGCUCAUUUUGCCAAUGCUCUUUAUGUGCUUCUGGUUGGUGCUAUUCACGCUGCAGAUCUACACAUACUUCAGCACAAGGGACCAGCCUCCCUCACGCGAGAGAUUGCUUUUCCUCUUUCUUACCAGCAUUGCAGAGUGCUGCUGUUCUCCAUACUCACUGUUGGGGCUGGUCUUCACUGUGUCUUUUGUGGCGCUGGGCGUCCUCACACUCUGCAAGUUCUACCUACAAGGCUACAGAGCCUUCAUGAAUGACAAUGCCAUGCACAGGGGAAUGACAGAAGGAAUCACUUUGCUGAUUCUGUCUGUUCAGACAGGUCUAAUUGAGCUGCAGGUGAUCCACCGGGCGUUUCUUCUGAGCAUAAUCCUAUUUAUUGUUGUGGCCUCUAUUUUGCAAUCUAUGCUGGAAAUUGCUGACCCCAUAGUGCUGGCACUGGGGGCCUCCAGGGACAAGAGUCUGUGGAAACACUUCCGAGCAGUGAGCCUGUGUUUGUUCCUGCUGAUUUUUCCUGCAUACAUGGUGUACAUGAUCUGCCAGUUUUUUCAUAUGGACUUCUGGUUGCUUAUUAUCAUCUCCUCCAGCAUCCUUACUUCACUGCAGGUCCUUGGAACACUGCUGAUCUAUGUUCUCUUCAUGGUGGAGGAACUGCGCAAGGCUCCAGUUGAGAACAUGGAUGAGGUCAUGUAUUUCGUGAAUGGGACGUAUAGACUGCUGGAGUUUGUGGUGGCACUCUUCGUUGUGGCCUAUGGCGUGUGUGAGACGCUUUUUGGACAGUGGAGCGUAAUGGGUUCCACCAUCAUUCUGCUUCAUGCCUACUACAAUGUGUGGCUGCGAGCACAGCUUGGCUGGCAGAGUUUCCUGUUGCGUCGUGAUGCUGUACACAAGAUUCAGAGCUUGCCCAUGGCCUCAGCACUGCAAUUACAGCAGUAUAAUGACAUCUGUGCCAUCUGCUAUCAGGACAUGAAGUCAGCAGUCAUCACACCUUGCGGUCACUUUUUCCAUGCGGGCUGCCUGAAAAAAUGGCUGUAUGUGCAGGAAUCCUGCCCCCUUUGCCAUGGUCCUCUCAAGAGCCAAUCACCACCCACCAGCACUCCUGUCUCAGCACCUCCUGAUAUAUCACCAGCCAAUCCAAAUCCAGAACAGGUAACAUGUCAAGGUUUAGAGGCUGUACAAGAUUUAACACAAGCUGGAGAGACCUCCGCAAACGUUGAAACCCACUCAUGUCUUCAAAGUUCAUCUGAGCCAGAGCUUAAAAGUCGCAUGAUUCAAGAAGAUACCUGCAAAUGUGAUUCUGACGUGGUUAAAUAAAACCUGGAAGCAAGUGUCUCUCCACCCCAUGAGCAGAGCUGUGCUCUGUGAGUUUCUCAGUAGUGAUUCUUCAGGUUUCACUGUAAUGCUGCCAAUGUUGAAGUCCUAUGAUAACAGGACUUACUUGAGUCCUGGUGGUUAAUGGUCUAAACAAGACAGUUUCUCCUCACAAAUUUCAUACUCACACAACAUGACUGUUAUAAAUCCAUUGAAUCGGGGGUUAUUUUGGAGGGCGUGGGAGGUACUGGGGAGUCUUCAUUUUUGUGAGAUUGUUUUUAGUUAAUAUUUCUAACUGAACUUUAAUUCUACAUGAGGGUGGACUUUUGUAAAAAAUGUUUUUUUUUUUUUUUUUUUUUUUAAGUUGCCAUAAUUUCUGUAAACACUGUGUUCAAAUGUCUUUAACUUUCUAUUGCACCACAAAUUAUCCACAUUUAUUUCAAGAUUUCUUAAAGAUCUAAAAAUUCUUAACUUAGUCACUUAAAAUUUCUACAAUAGAAUUAAGAAAAGAUACAUUUCAAUAUUUUAAUGUAAAUGACAUUUUGAAAGAUACUGCCCACCCAACCUGAAACAUUCAACUUGGAUGCUUGGACAUCUGUAGGGUUGACCAUUAACAAAAUGUUUUUUGCUUGUAUUAACAACAAGGCAAGCACUGGAAAUUAAUAUUGGAAAUAUUGCACUAUGUCAGCUGCUUUUGAGCCAUCUUAGCUACUUUCAUAUCCACCAGGAGCCUCGCUGCUUUAAAUAAUUGCCGAAAGAGCAGGUAGACUUCUCGUAGUGGGAUGUCCUUUUUAUGUAGCUUGAUACCAUGCCAUCCUGCUAUGACUCAUUUAUGCUUCCAAGUCAGCGCUGUUCAUUUCAGCAUAUAAUCCUUGUGAGCAUGAGCUACAGCUGUUUGAAUGUAUGUGUACAAAUGUUCACAUAUAUACCUACCUACCUAUAUAUAUAUAUAUAUAUAUAUAUAUAUAUAUAUAUAUAUAUAUAUAUAUAUAUAUAUAUAUAUAUAUAUAUAUGCCUAUACUUUAAAAUACUUAAAACAAAAAUAAAAAUAAAAAAACUUUAAAACUUAGCUUUGUUUGAUAUGCCAAACAGUAUUGAAUCGGUAGCAACCAUUAUGAUGUGGCCUUUGGGUUUGCGGGAACACUUUGAUGCCCUCUACAGGUAGAAGUGGGAUUGAACCUAAAGCUGCUGAAUGGGGCUUUACUGCUUACUGAUGUCAGAUUGACAGUAUUAAGAUAUUUGUUGAAUUUGUGUAUAUGAAUACAUGCACAGUGUAUGAACACAAAGCACCAACUGUAACUGAUAGUUACUGAUGUCUUCACUUUGCACAUUUUGGAAGAAAAAUAAAAAAAUCGAAAAGGA